AGAAGUUAUAAGAACACUCCAAGCUGAGGGUGUGAGGAACACCAUCCCACUGAAUACCCUAAAAGGAGAACAGAGAGAGGAUAUCAAGGCUCCAAUAUGGCCCUGGGAUUGAUGGCCUACUGUUUUUGUACUGGGGUCAGGAUCACAUCUUUAUCUGUAUGUAUGGGGAAGUGAUUCCUACUGUCAGUCAUCAAGUGAAGAGGUGGAUCUGUCCAACCAAAACACAAAUCUGCAGAUGUCUUGGCUUAGUUUUACGAGUUCCAUGCUGGCUGCCAGGAACCAACUGUUCCUCCUUUAGAGCUCUGACCGAAGGAUGGACAGAAAAAUCUUGUUUUCAGUUUAACCCUUCUGAAGACUCCAAUGAUGCUAAGAGAAAACAAGAGAGAAAUGACCAGAGACUAUACAAUCCAGUACAGGCUACUCUGUCAUCUUUGAAGAUGUUAGAUGUGGGAAAGUGGCCAAUUUUUUCCCUUUGUUCUGAGGAAGAACUACAGUUAAUUCGUCAGGCUUGUGUCUUUGGCAGUGCUGGCAAUGAAGUUUUAUACACUACAGUAAAUGAUGAGAUUUUUGUGCUUGGCACAAACUGCUGUGGCUGUUUGGGGUUAGGUGACGUCCAGAGCACCAUUGAACCUCGGAGACUGGAUUCUUUAAAUGGCAAAAAAAUAGCCUGCCUCAGCUAUGGGAGUGGUCCACAUAUUGUCCUUGCAACAACAGAAGGAGAAGUCUUUACCUGGGGUCAUAAUGCUUACAGCCAGCUGGGCAAUGGGACAACUAAUCAUGGUUUAGUGCCCUGUCAUAUCUCUACUAAUUUGUCAAACAAACAAGUCAUUGAAGUUGCCUGUGGGUCUUACCAUUCUUUGGUGCUAACAUCUGAUGGAGAGGUAUUUGCCUGGGGUUAUAAUAACUCUGGGCAGGUAGGAUCUGGAUCAACAGUUAAUCAGCCAAUCCCUCGAAGAGUCACUGGCUGCCUACAAAAUAAAGUAGUUGUGACUAUAGCGUGUGGGCAGAUGUGCUGCAUGGCAGUAGUAGACACGGGGGAGGUCUAUGUCUGGGGUUACAACGGAAACGGGCAGCUCGGACUUGGCAAUAGUGGCAACCAGCCAACCCCUUGCAGAGUGGCAGCUUUGCAAGGCAUCCGUGUCCAGCGGGUCGCCUGUGGCUACGCACACACAUUAGUAUUGACAGAUGAAGGCCAAGUGUAUGCUUGGGGCGCCAAUUCUUAUGGGCAGUUGGGCACUGGCAAUAAAAGCAACCAGUCCUAUCCUACUCCUGUCACUGUGGAAAAGGACAGGAUUAUCGAGAUUGCAGCCUGUCACUCCACACACACGUCUGCGGCCAAGACGCAGGGUGGGCACGUGUACAUGUGGGGCCAGUGCCGGGGUCAGUCUGUGAUCCUCCCGCACCUCACCCACUUCUCCUGCACUGAUGACGUGUUUGCCUGCUUUGCCACUCCCGCCGUCACGUGGCGCCUUCUCUCCGUGGAACCUGAUGACCACCUCACGGUGGCUGAGUCACUGAAGAGGGAAUUUGACAACCCGGACACUGCAGACCUGAAGUUUCUAGUUGAUGGAAAGUACAUUUAUGCACAUAAAGUCCUUCUCAAGAUUCGAUGUGAGCAUUUUCGUUCGUCAUUGGAAGAUAAUGAGGAUGAUAUUGUAGAAAUGAGUGAAUUUUCAUAUCCUGUUUACCGGGCCUUCCUGGAAUACCUGUACACAGACAGCAUCAGCCUUUCUCCUGAGGAGGCAGUAGGACUGCUAGACUUGGCUACAUUUUAUAGAGAAAAUCGUUUGAAAAAGCUCUGCCAACAAACUAUCAAGCAAGGCAUCUGCGAGGAGAACGCCAUCGCUUUGCUCUCGGCUGCGGUGAAGUAUGAUGCCCAGGAUUUAGAAGAAUUCUGCUUCAGGUUUUGCAUAAACCAUCUGACUGUAGUAACACAAACAUCAGGUUUUGCAGAAAUGGACCAUGAUCUCCUGAAGAACUUUAUCAGCAAAGCAAGCAGAGUUGGAGCCUUUAAAAAUUGAUCCCAUCUACAGGAAAGGAGUUUUUGAGCCUUUCCAUUUCCCCUGCAAAAGCCAGAGAUGAAUCACUUCUCUUUAAUUAACAGUAUGUAUGAUGAGCUACGUUUGGCUGAGUACUUGUAUCUGUCAAAAGAAGGAUGGUGGUGAGUGGUCUUUGUCUGCCUAAACCCAGUUUAUGUAGAAAGCAUUGAAUGUUCUGAUCAGAUGUGACUAAGGUCAAGGAAAAAAAAUUGAAAUAUCUUAUUUACCAUUUCCUCUUUUGAGUCACUUAAGUUGGACACCUUUGGUACCCUGGUCUCAGUGUAUGCUAUUCUGGCCCAAAUGUUCCAUUAUUCAGCUGGCUAAUACCACAUAGAUAGCUUGACGAGGAGUGCUGUCCUUACCACAUUUUCAGCACUCAGCACAGUGCCUUGUGUAUAAUAGGCACUCAAUUUAUUAUAAAUCUUCAGUACAUCCUGAGAACAGCUUUAGUUGUGGAAUACUGGGGGAAGGAAUAACUUUCACAAAAUAAACUUAAAACAGCCUGUAAUUAUUGAGGUUCAUAUUCUUCUGUUAUAUCAUUCUGAGAAAUUGUGGCUAAUUUAGAACAUUGUUUAGAAUUCACAAAAGGCCUUGGCAAUUAAAUUGUCAGAGUCCCAAGGGCUAAUUUUAAUUUUCUUUUUACUUGGAGUCGUUCAUUAAUUUCUCACAUAGGAUUAUGGAGUAUGAAGUAUUAUCUUUGAAUGAAAUUCCUGGGCUGAUCUGCCUUACAUAAUCACAUAAUGUCCUUUGCUUUUCUUUGUGUUAAGAGGGAUUUGCCUCUGUAAAUGAAAAUGACAAUGUACUUUUCUUGUAGUUGACUUUCAUGUCACUAUAAAAUAGGUCUCUUAACCUGGCACCAGUAUAACUAUAAAGCACUAGCUGAGAAGGAACUGAUACUUACAUUUCAUGGACAGCAUUAACAAGAAUGAGAUAAAUUUAUACUUUUUAGAUCAAAACAAAUUACCUAAUUGCAAAAGAGAAACUGGAAUGGAACAUAGUCUCAGAUUCUUCUAAUAUGUAUCUCACAAUAUCAUGUAAUGUAAAGAAAACCCUUUUGGAAUUAGAAUUCUUGUUCUGAUGCUGAACUAUUUGGUAAUAAACUGCUUAUUUGCAGAUAACAGAACAAA